UCGAGUUGGCUCUCUAGCCAUGCACAAUAUUGAGAGUUGAGACAUCUCAUGAUCUCUAAACGAGGCAGCUCACAAGUCGAGCUAAACAAGCCACCGAGUAGAGUUAGUUCGCGAGCUCCGCGAGUUGUAGAAAGCUAAGCUCAAACUCAAGCUCGGCUCAUUAGUAAACGAGCCGAGUUUCGAACGAACUUUUUUCCAAUUCGAACGCAGCUCGACUCAUUUGCAUCCCUACGAUAAACUACCGUCAAAAAGCAGGAAAAAAAAGUAAAGCGUCGUCCUGAUAAAUCAAAGUUCGGAAAGCAAACUCUUCUCAGAUUUUGCGUGGGCGCUGAUGGAGAUCCAAAAGUAGUGUUCUUGCACAUCAAGUUAAGCACCCGUCUUUAAUUCCUCCCUCCCCCCACUAUCUCUACUCUCUUCUACUUCCCUCCCUUUCUCUGUCUUUCACUACGUAGUUCCCCCCAAGCCACUGCCAUGGCGUGGAACCAGAAACUAGUAGUCGAAGUGGUCGACGCUCGCAACCUCCUGCCGAAAGACGGGCAGGGCACUUCCAGUCCUUACGUCGUCAUCGACUUCUACGGCCAGCGGAAGCGCACCCAGACCGCCCCGCGCGACCUCAAUCCCACAUGGAACGAGACCCUCGACUUCAACGUCGGCAAGCCCUCCAACGUCUUCGACGACAUGCUCGAGCUCGACGUCUAUCACGACCGGACUUACGGCCCCACUCGCCGCAGCAAUUUCCUCGGCAGGAUUCGCCUCAGCUGCACCCAGUUCGUCAGGAAAGGCGAGGAGGCCCUCAUCUACUACACUCUCGAGAAGAAGCAUCUCUUUAGCUGGGUUCAGGGCGAAAUCGGAUUGCGAAUCUAUUACCAGGACGACGUGCUCAAUGUUCCCCCUCCUCCCCAGCCGCCGCAAGUGGCGGCGGAUCCGGCAGCAGAGCCGGCCAAGGAAGAAGACAAGAAAGAGGAAGAAUCGCUACCCACACCGGCUGAGGAAAAACCACCCGGAUCUGAGGAGAAGCCGGGGGAAGAGCCGCCACCGGAUCCCCCUGCUCCAGACAACGCCCCGGCUCCGAUCAAAACAGAGGAUCCAGACAAUUCCGCCGCCGACCCUCCUCCGCCGCCGCCAGAAUUAGAAGCGGAAACUGAGGAAGACGACAUCGUUAUGGAACCGCCAACGCCGAAUUGGGGUCCGACUCCGGGGGAUGAUCAUUUGAUGGCGUCAGAGGUAACCGGAUCCGUACCGGAAGUGAAAGUGGCAGCAGCGGGAACAAUCAACGGUCCUCAUCCGAUCGCGAGGCCGUUGUCUCCGACCAGCACGCUGGAGCCGCAGGAGAGCAUUUCGAUCGAACGUUCCUCAUUCGAUCUGGUGGAGAAGAUGCAUUACGUGUUCGUUCGGGUGGUGAAGGCUCGGUACCUCCCCACCAACGGGAACCCGAUUGUAGGGAUUGCAGUCUCGGCCAGCCGCAUCGAAUCCAAGCCCGCGAGGAAAACUGCCUUUUUCGAGUGGGACCAGACGUUUGCUUUCGGCCGCGACGCACCUGAUUCCUCCUCCAUUUUGGAGAUCUCGGUUUGGGACUCGCCUCCCGGUGGUGGGUCUGAGGAUGCGGCGGCGCGUGGGAAAUUCUUGGGCGGGAUUUGCUUCGACGUGACGGAAAUUCCUCUACGAGAUCCGCCGGACAGCCCUUUGGCCCCGCAGUGGUACAGGCUGGAAGGCGGUGGAGCCCACAGCGGGGACUUGAUGCUCGCCACGUGGGUGGGAACUCAAGCCGACGAGUCGUUCCCCGACGCGUGGAAAACCGACACAGCUGGCAACACGAACUCCCGAGCCAAAGUCUACCUCUCUCCGAAGCUAUGGUACCUCCGAGCCACGGUGCUCGAAGCUCAGGACGUUUUGCAUUCAACGGCGCCGUUGAAAGAAGCGUCGCUCCAUUUGAGGGCUCAGCUUGGGUUCCAAGUUCACAAGACGAAAUCCGUACUUACACGAAACGGCACACCGUUGUGGAACGAGGAUUUACUUUUCGUCGCCGCCGAGCCGUUCGCCGACCACCUGGUCUUCACACUGGAAGCGCGGCAGCACAAGGGACCAUCGCCGAUCGCCGUCUUGAGAAUCCCGCUCACGGCCAUCGAGAGGAGGGUCGACGACCGACAAGUGGCGGCGCGUUGGUUCAAUUUUGAGGAUCCGAACAGCGAGAAGGCGAGGUACAAAGGGAGAGUACAACUGCGGCUAUGCUUCGACGGCGGGUAUCAUGUGAUGGACGAGGCGGCGCACGUGUGCAGCGACUACCGCCCGACUGCGAGGCAGCUGUGGAAGCCGCCGAUCGGAACGGUGGAGCUCGGGAUCAUCGGAUGCCGGAACUUGCUGCCGAUGAAAGCGAUCGACGGGAAGGGAUGUACGGAUGCGUACUGCGUCGCCAAAUACGGGCCGAAGUGGAUCCGGACGAGAACCGUUUCGGAUAGCUUGGAUCCGAGAUGGAACGAGCAGUACACGUGGCGAGUGUUUGAUCCGUCCACUGUGCUGACCAUGGGAAUCUUUGACAGUUCAGGAGCGAGUGAAUCGGAGGGCGAGAAGAGCGCCACGCGUCCCGAUCUCCGAAUGGGGAAGGUACGGAUUCGCAUAUCGAGCCUCGAGACGGGCAAAGUCUACAGAAAUUCCUACCCGUUGAUUGUGCUGACCAACAACGGGGUCAAGAAAAUGGGCGAGAUCGAAGUUGCCGUGAGAUUCAUCCGCUCCGCACCGACGCUGGAUUUCCUCCACGUGUACACCCAGCCUCUGCUACCGUUGAUGCACCACGUGAAGCCUCUCGGAGUCGUUCAGCAGGAGGUGCUGAGGAGCACCGCGGUGAAGAUCAUAGCCGUACACCUGUCGCGAUCGGAGCCGCCGAUGAGGCGCGAGGUCGUACUGCACAUGCUCGACGCUGACACUCACGCGUUCAGCAUGCGGAAGGUGCGUGCCAACUGGGUCCGGAUCAUCAACGUGAUCGCGGGCGUGAUCGACAUCGUGCGGUGGAUAGACGACACGCGCGUGUGGAAGAAUCCGACGGCGACGGUGCUGGUGCACGCGCUGCUGGUUUUGCUGGUGUGGUUCCCGGAUCUGAUCGUCCCGACGCUGGCGUUCUACGUUUUCGCGAUCGGCGCGUGGAACUAUCGGUUCCUCCGGUCGUCGAAGGCGGCGCUGCCGCACUUCGAUCCGAAGCUGUCGCUGGCGGAGGCGGUGGACAGGGAGGAGCUGGACGAGGAGUUCGACGGGAUGCCGAGCGGGAGGUCGCCGGAGACGGUGAGGGCGAGGUACGACAAGCUGAGGGCGGUGGGGGCGAGGGUGCAGACGGUGCUGGGGGAUCUGGCGGCGCAAGGGGAGAGGGUUCAGGCGCUGGUGACGUGGCGGGAUCCGCGGGCCACGGGGAUUUUUGUUGGGCUGUGCUUUGUGGUGGCGAUGAUUUUGUACCUGGUGCCGACGAAGAUGGUGGCGAUGGCUUCUGGGUUCUAUUGCUUCCGGCAUCCGAUAUUCCGGGACCGGAUGCCGUCCCCGGCGCUGAAUUUCUUCAGGAGGCUGCCGUCGUUGUCUGAUCGGCUUAUGUAGAAGUAGCAGUAGAGUUUGUUGGUUAAUUGUACGUGGUUUAGGUAGUUCAAAUGUGCAAGUAUUAUGGUUGUUGGAUUGAAUUCCACAGUUUUCUUUCCUUUCAGUAAUUGCGAUUAUUGAGAUCUCAGACUGGAACUUUCAUUUGAGAAACGAGGGUGAGAAAAGGCGGAAUGGUGGUAUUCUUGACCUAGCAGUUGGGUAGGCAAUAAAGUCGAUCGACUCAUGGGCUACUGCGGGGUUUCCCAAUGGGCUUUGCAGAACCCUUAAGGGCCCCAUCUCGGGGAUUUGGCCCGUUGGUUUAUCCUCCAACAGCACCAAAACUUGGAAUUUUAGUAGAUAUAUCAAAGCAGAACCCGACCUAAUUAACCAGUCCGAUCAAUCCGAAUUUGCUAACAGCAAUGACCUGCAAGCCAUCCUAACCAUAACCUGCUUGAUGUCUAAUUCUAUUAACUCACAAUCCAAUUGACCCGUAACUCAAUGAACUUACAACCCAAUUGACAUGUAAUAUGCUUAAUUGUGGGAGGGGUAUCACUUCGGAAGAUGCAGCCUUCAAUCAGUGGAACUUGGAAUGAUGUCCCGUGCUGUAAAUAUGGUUAGCGUUCUGGAUGUUGGCAUUUAACGUGCGCAUGGGUUAUGUGGACGAGCGAGGAAUUAACAUGGUUUAGGGUAAACUUGUGUUAAUGAGAUGUUGUUGGCCGGUGAGAUUAAAGUGGUUAGUGGUAGAACAAUGGAACAUGGUGGUGGGAUGAAAUACAAGUUAACAUAUUAGUAAUUGUGGGUGAACUUUUGAUUAGAGCUAAUUCGGCAAGCCAAAUAUAUUAAGAUGAUGUAGUUUCAUUAGGCUAGUUUAUUCAUGUAGCGGUAUUGUGUGGGUACUAUUCGAAGGGACGGACGAUCAAUUCUGGGAUGACAGUUUAUUCAAGUCAAUCAGUUUGAUAGUACGUUGUGUGGUUUAAAUGGCUAGUAGUUAGUUAAGUUGAGGUCAAAGCCCCUUCUAGAGAAAAUUCUUCCCAAGUAAACUAAACAUUUUCAAUCUAUGACUCAUGAGCAUCGCGUGAGCAUGUGGAUUUACGUAUGCAUUGUUAAGUUACUUUUCUCUCAAGUAAAGUGAAUCUAGGAUUUAGGACUGAUCCCACAUCCACACUCAGAAAUUGUAGGAUCAUCAAGACCACACGAAGGGUGAUGACCAAGUCACGAUGAGGUUCAAGGCUCCAGAGGACUUUGAAGAUUUUCGAUCUCAUGUAUUCAAUAGGACUAGGGACUUGAUGCACAUUUAUUAUAGAUAUUUAUGAUUUAGGCACCUACAAGUUUCGAAAAAUUAUUAUUUGAAUUUCAAAGUAUUUAUUAAGGAUAUCUAAGAAUAGUUUCCUACUAUUUUUUCAAGUCCUUCCGAUCCUUAUUUUGGUUUAACGGUUAAGCAAUGUCCUUUUAGUGCAAGUAAUACUUGAUCCAAUUAGGGUGUUACAGUUUCCUUUGGCAUAUCAAUGUAAAAUUUUAGCCAAUGUAAACAAUUUAGUGUAAUAAAGAACAUACCAAUAA